AUGAAACUAUCGAGUCGGACGUGGACGAGCUUGGUGACCGUCGUCCUUGCCGGCCAAGGAGCGGUCACGGCGCUUGAGCUGGAUAUUAAUGAUGUUCAAUCGAUCAAGGAUGCGGCUGCGACAACGGCCUACAACAUGAUGAGUAACUACACUGGCAACCAGACCGGCCAGAUUCCUGGAAAAUUGCCCGAUACGUGGUGGGAGGGCGGCGCCAUGUUCAUGACUUUAAUUCAGUACUGGUACUGGACAGGCGACACAUCGUACAACGAAGUCACCACUCAGGGUAUGCUCUUCCAGAAGGGCAACAACGAUUACUUCCCUUCGAACUACAGUAACUACCUCGGCAACGACGACCAGGUCUUCUGGGGAUUGGCCGCUAUGACUGCGGCAGAGCUCAACUACCCCGAGGAAGAUGGCCAGCCGUCGUGGGUGUCACUUGCGCAGGGUGUGUUCAACACUCAGGUGCCACGCUGGGACACGUCCACCUGUCACGGUGGCCUGCGCUGGCAAAUCUCUACGUACCAGGACGGCUACCGAACAAAGAACGCCAUCUCGAACGGCGGUCUCUUCCAGCUUGCGGCACGACUCGCGCGGUAUACCAACAACGAGACAUACUCGCAGUGGGCGGAGAGAAUAUGGGAUUGGUCUGCGACAACCCCGCUGCUCAAGGAGUCGGACUGGACUAUCGCCGAUACCACUACGCCUGAUACUGAAUGCACGGACCAUGGAGACCUUCAAUGGACCUACAACUAUGGCACCUAUCUCAGUGGUGCUGCUUAUAUGUAUAAUUUCACGAAUGGAGGCGACAAAUGGAAGAAGGGUCUGGAUGGCUUACUGAACACCACGUUCAAGCGGUUCUUCCCCUUUCAGAAUGGCAUGGUCAUGUCUGAGAUUGCCUGUGAGCCGAACAUGAUGUGCGAUCGCAACCAGGACUGUUUCAAGGGCUUCCUUUCCUCCUGGUUAACUUUUAUGACCACCAUCGUCCCCUAUACGUCGUCCGAGAUUGUCCCGAGGAUCCAGCAGUCGGCACUUGCAGCAGCCAAACAGUGUUCUGGCGGUUCGAAUCACACUCUCUGCGGACGGCGUUGGCAUCAGGAUACCUUUGAUGGAACGAGCUCAUUAGAGGGGCAGAUGAGCGCUUUGAGCGUCUUUUCGUCCUCGAUGAUCGCGCACAAGAUGCAGGCUCAGGCGCCGUUGACCGCAGACACUGGAGGUACGAGUAAGGGUAACGCGAGCGCGGGCACAGGGACAGAGCAAGCCGCCCCUCAACCGCAGCCAGUCACAGCCGGGGAUCGUGCUGGUGCGGGAAUUUUGACUGUGGUCUUCCUCAGCGGUUGGAUCGCAGCAGUGACCUGGAUGGUGUACGGGAGAUAG